AAUGAAUGCGACGAAGAGCUUAUUUUUAACCAAUGAAAUAAUGUGUAGGCGGAGUUGAAGCUGCGAUAGACGGAGUCACCCAUGGACAGUCAAGAGUUUUCCGUUUCCUGGCCAUUCAUUUUAGCCCAUGCUGUUAGAGUCGUCCUUGAUAUAAAAGAAGCUCACGAGACGUUAUGACCAGAUGUGAAACAUGAUGCGAGAGAUAGCAGCAGUGGUUUUCUUUCUUAAGAGACUCGUGAGAAAAGGGGAGAAGCUGGAAUCUGACAAGAUCGAGCUGUUUGUUGAGAGGCUGGCUGUUGCACUACAGGAGAAGUUCAAAGGUCAUUGGUACCUUGAAAGCCCAAGCAAAGGACAAGCAUACAGGUGUAUCCGAAUAAACAGAUUCCAUAGGCAGGAUCCAGAUCUCCUCCGAGCUUGUCAGGAGAGCGGGGUAAAGUAUGGUGACCUGGGAUUACCUCGUGAGCUCACAUUGUGGGUGGACCCUGGAGAGGUUUGUUGCAGGUAUGGAGAGCAAAAUCCUUGUUUCUCAGUCGCCACUUUCAAUAGCGAUGAUGAGGAUGAUAAAGAUGUUGCAAAGAAGGUGACCAGUGCUCUGGAGAGGGUGACGUCGGACUACCACUCAGGAUCUUCUGAUGAGGAAAGCGCGCGUAGUUCCCCCCUCACUGUCCCCAAAAGCAGCUGGACCCAUCAGACUAUGAAUCCCAGAGCUCCUUCUUGGCAUCCCAAAAAGAUGGUGCCAGGGAAAGGUCUCAUCCUUCCACGGCCUCACUACAGCUACAGGCCUCGCGGCAGAGCCCCCCACACUUUGAGGAGUAACAUUUGGGUCCCUUCUGUCUACAGAGCGGGCCCCGAGUACUGGGACACGCAACAAAACGUAGCACAUAGUUACAGUUAGGGACCGUGGUGCUUGUUCACACUGGACAUUAAACCUAAAAAAACUUUGACUGGUCAUUUUUUUUAACCAUGAAGUUUUAUAACGUAAAUAUUGUUUUUCACAGUUUUUUGCACUUUAGAACUUUUUGUUAUAGUUGGAGUAAAUUACUUAUGAAAUUAGGUAUUAAAAUUGGAAUACUAAAUGUGUAUUAUUGAAGUACUGUAUUUUUACUACAGGAGACAUUCAUGUAUGCAGCUUAAUGUCCUUUGUGAUGAAAUGUUUUAUUUAUUAAGCAGAGAAGUUCAGAUGUAUAGUCUUAAUGUUAUAAGCUUUUAUUAAACAUUUCCAAGCAUCA